AUGGGUCAAGACGAGAGUAUUCCCAGGGAUGGAGAGAAGCUCGCCUUCUCCGAAGGAUCCGCCAAUAUAUAUUAUCCAUCAGAUUAUGCCGAAGGUGAUGUUUUUUACAAUCCAGUUCAACAAUUUAAUCGAGAUUUAACAUGUGCAGUCAUUCAAGCAUAUAGAAAUAGUGUCAGAGAUGACAUUUCAAUAUUUGAAGCUUUUGCCGCAUCAGGACUUCGCUCAAUUCGUUAUGCAAAAGAAAUAACAGGAAUUAAAGAAAUUAUUUCAAACGAUUUAGAUCCAGGAGCUGUAGAAAUCAUAAAAAGAAAUAUAGCAAUUAACAAAGUAUCCAACAUUGUUACAGCUUCUCAAGGAGAUGCAAGAGAUAAAAUGUUGGAAGAAGAGAACAAAUAUCAAGUCCUUGACUUAGAUCCAUACUCCACGGCCGCACCAUUCCUUGAAGCCGCAGUAAAAGCUGCAACAAAUGGAGCUUUACUCUGUAUUACAAGUACAGAUGGACGUACUUUAUGUGGCGUUCAACCAGAUGUCGCGUAUUCAUGGUAUGGAUGUGUUCCACUCAAUGUUGAGUUUGAACACGAGUUUGGAAUAAGAUGUCUCUUAACUACACUUAUGAAUGUCGCCUCACGCCUUAAACGCUCCAUUGAGCCACUUAUCUGUCUUGCCGCCAAUUUUUACAUCAGAAUAUUCGUCCGUAUACACGACAAACCAAUAGAAGCCAAGAAAUGCGCAAGUUAUACUUCAAUUAUGACUUAUAGCACUGACAGUAAGUCAUUCUGGAUACAGCCUCUUGGAACAUGCACCAUGAAAUCUACAAAUGCCAUUGUUAGACCUCCAAAUGUCGAAUUCGAAUUUACAAGAGAUCCAUACACAAAUGGCCCAUUAAAAUUAGGUGGACCAUUCUACAAUGGACCAUUACACAAUAAAGAAUUCAUCGACAAAGUGCUACAAUUAUUGCCAACGAUGAAAUAUCUUGGUACAAUUCCACGAAUUGAAGGAGUUUUGAAUUGUUGCCGUAAUGAAAUCGAUGCACCAUUCUAUUACGAUAUCGGAGCGCUUACUACAAUUAUUAAAGCUAGUUGUCCUCCGAGAGCAUUAUUUUAUACUCAAAUUGAGAAACAAGGAUAUCAUUGCUCGUUGACACAUUGUGAUCCUGGCAAGAUAAAGACUGAUGCUCCACCAGAAUUGCUCUGGGAUAUCUGCAGGAAAUGGUAUUUCAAUGAAGGAAAGAAACUUCCUGAAGCAGAUUGCACGGCAAGAAAAAUUUUAGAGGCCAAACCGAAAUUUGAAGUGACUAUGGAUAUCGAUCAGGACAUUGAAUACAGAUUAAAGAGAGAAAAGAAGAUUUGCAGAUAUUAUCAGAAUCCAACAAGCAACUUUGGGCCAAAAGCUGCUGCAAAGAAGAAACAUAAUAAUAACGAUAAAAAAUAG